AUGGACGUCCCUGCAUUGCACAACAGCAUGAGCACGGACGCCGUUGCCGUCGCAGCCCUGGGUCAGGUUCAUGCGCCUCCGGUCCCGCCGCCGCAAGCUGGGUCUCCGCAAGUGCGGCCGCCUCCGACCGCGCCUGGUCAUUUCUUCGCACGUGCGUCCGAAGUGGAGGUCUCCGGCGGGAACUUCCUCACUGCGUCCCGCGACAUCCACUACCAUACGGUGCGAAUUGGGGGAGGGAAUGAGGCGGGAGACAGAGGAACUCUGAAGAAACGGUCCUCAGUGAGUGCUUCGACUGUUGCCGGGUCGUCCAGCAUCGGCAAGGCUGCCCAUGGAGAUAUCAUCCUUGACCCCAUGAGCAAUUAUUGCGAGUCAGAAAUCUACAUGAAUCAACUCUCACGCCAAAACCGAGGCUUUCCCCUCUACGACCCAAGUCCCCAACGAAAUAUGCCCGCAGAGUAUAAGAAAAAAGGCAUCUGUAUCGGCGACGUUGGUCGAAUCUCUCCGGAUGGCUUCUUCGAUUUCUUCUUCAACAUAUUCCUCCCUGCGGAGCACCCCGUCAACGAUAACGAUGUCCCCGCUGGGUUCUCGCCACUCGCACCGUAUACAAGAAAAGAAGUUUCGUUCAAGACGAUCAGACCGGGUGCAUUUGUCGCAUCACCCUCUAUUACGAAGCCCGGUGACAUGCACGAUCCUGCAAAUGAGCACCCUUUCCACUGCGUUGGCCCCACCGGUGCAUUGCUGGUUCUUCCACAGGGCUCACUAAUAGAAAAACUGGAAAAUUCCGAGCGUAUUCGCAAGUACGCUGAACGAAAUGCGGAGAGUUGGUACAAAUAUGUCAAUGGUCCAAGGGGUCGGCAUCUCGUCAACGGCUCUCUUUAUGUUGUAACAGGCUGCGAGAAAACUCAAUCCGGGGUAAUCGCAACAUUUCAUACCACUAUAGCUGGAAGAGAAUUUCCCCUCCGCUUCCGUGAGCGAGUCGACCCCAAAUCAGAACCCAUCUACGGCUUCAUUGGUGAUGGUACUGCACUCUCCAGCUACUUUAUUGCUCCGUUGGAGAACGACAAGAGACUCUGUAAUCAGACUGUCUUCAUCCAUGGCUUCACCAGACUUAUCACAUGGGCGCGGCAAACGGGCAUGUCCCGCCAAGCGGAGUUUGAAUUUCGCUUGGCGGGCAUUUGA